GUAUGACAACAAAACAGUUUUUGUGUGACACACAUAAAAUGGUCAAGUCAACUCCUCUGAAACACAUGAAGGUUUUGCUAUUGAAUAUCAUGAUCACCAAGUUACAGGGAGUGCAACAGCUGUGUGCCAUUAUAUAUUAAACUGAAGUGAUAACUAUUUAUUUAUCUGUCAUCUAUCAUGAUGGACAACCUGACAUUCGGAUACAGCAUACUCCUAAUGGAAGGACUACAAGUUACACAUCUGUCCACUCAUAUUGCAUUUAUGCUUUUUUUGCUUGCUUACAUAUUUAUUAUAGUCUCUAACAUUGGGAUUUUGAUUCAGAUCUCAGUGGAAAAAAGGUUACAUCAACCUAUGCACAUUCUUUUCUGCAAUUUGCCACUGAAUGAUUUAUUAGGGACAACUGUUCUUUUGCCACGCUUGAUGAGUCAAAUUUUAACAGACCCCUCUGAGCGCUACAUCACAUAUGUGGAGUGCGCUAUGCAAGCUUUUUUAGGACAUGUAUAUGGGACGGCAUCCCACACUAUUCUAAUGAUUAUGGCCUUUGACAGAUAUGUGGCCAUUUGCAAUCCAUUACGAUACCCAACUAUAAUGAGCAAUAAUAUGAUGGUUAAACUGUCGGCAGGAGCCUGGGGUGCUGCAGUAGCGCUGGUGGGAAUUCUGAUCGGCCUCAGUGUGCGUCUGUCUCACUGCAGAUCUGUGAUUCAAAAUCUGUUUUGUGACAACGCUUCACUAUUUAAACUGUCCUGUGAAAAUACAAUGAUUAAUAAUGUAUAUGGAUUAACUUUUACUGUGGUUUUACUAACGUCCUCAUUGGGGAGUGUGGUAUUUACAUAUCUCAGAAUAGUGAUGGUAUGCUUCAAAAGCAAAAACAAAGCAACCAACAGCAAAGCAAUAAAAACCUGCAGUGCUCACCUGGCUGUUUAUAUAAUCAUGAUGGUUUCUGGAUUCACCAUAAUUUUUCUUCAUCGUUUCCCUGCAUCCUCUGAAAGUAGACAUUUACCUAGUAUAAUGUUCCAUGUUAUUCCACCAAGCUUGAAUCCCAUAAUAUAUGGUUUGCAAGCAAAGGAAAUCAGACAGAGACUGUUUAAACUUUUUUAUAAAAGUAAAGUUAACUCAAUGUGAUUUUUGUUACAUUACAAAUAUUUUGUUAUAUUAUAAUUUUUCUUUGACUGCUAAUAAUAAAGUUUAAAUGAUAAAUAUACAUUGGUCUACAGUUGUUGUUCAAUCCAUUGGUUUAAACCAUUAGUUGACUAAUCACAUUUAUAUUAAUUUAAUUUCUUAAAUACUGGAGAGAAUAAACCAUAAAAUUGAGCGUUUACGUAAUAGGCUAUAUAGCACUCAAGCGCA